GAUUCAAUCCUCCCCCACCACCCUAACCUAGCCUCAUAGACAUCUCCUUAACUGAAGAUCUCUGCAGAAUCCUCCUAAUAUCACUCCUAAUAUCAAUAUCAGACAUGCUCUGGCUUUUGGUUGGACUUUGUGGACUGGCUUUGGUCAAUCUAUCAGUUGUUCCAACUUUAUCCCCCCCAGCCGCCCUCCCCCAGGCCCCUCGUAUUUCCCAGAAGCCUCGGUUCUACGGCGUGAAGGCCAGCCGCAGCUUGGUCAUCUACUGUGUGUGUCAGCUGGAGCCACCUCUGCAGGUGGACUGGUUCCGGGCCACGGAAUGGAACCAGAAGGCCGAGGGCCCGUUGAAGCCAGACGACAAGGCGGUCAUGCAGGGGAAGACGGAGCGGAAACCCGCCUUUCUUUUACUCAAGAACGUGAGCCCCUCGGACAGCGGCUUCUACUACUGCCAGGUCAACGGCACCAGGGGAGCCGGGACCGGCCUGCAGGUCAUGAGACAUAUCAACGUCCACAAGGUGCAGCAGAGGAGCAAAGUAAAAGAUGCGCUCAUCAUCCUGCAGACUCUGAUGUUGGCGAUCUGCGUGGUUGCGCCACUGCUUCGGAGAUACACUCUGGCUAAAAAAGAAGAAGCCAUUUAUGAGGAACCACCAAAAGAACACAUCUACGAGGGCCUGAUGGUGGAGAUGUGUGAGGGAGCGCUCUAUGAGGACCUCUCAACCUACGCUAAACCCAGUGAGGCCCAGGCCCUCUGGUCAAGCUGACUUUGCUCUGGCAACCUGCCGUCAUGACAACCAUCCCCUUGGUUGUCAUGACAAACCCUUCGACCUGACCAUCGCCAUGACGACCAUCCACCAUCAACAUCACCAUGACGACCUUCGACCCAUCGCCAUGACAAUACACAUUCAUCAUGACUAUUGUCUCCAUGGCAUAGCCGCUUUGUUCAUGUUUUUGAGUAAAAUAAUAAACACAGUUUGAACUGGUGAAUGAGCA